UGACGGUUCGCUCUGAAUAAAAUGGCUCGCAAGAUAUGUAAAAGGCAUAUUGAAGAAAAUCACAUUAUGUUCUCGGCUUUAUUUGGUAACAACACGUUUUAUACCAUACUUUUAAAACAGUUUUAUAAUUCAAUACUGGAUAUCAAGAGAUGAAAUGGUUUUAGGAAUACUAUAAAAAAGGUUCCCUGUGUCUGACUGUGCUGUGUUCUGAGAGGUCAAAGAGAGAAUAUAUGUGGUUAUGACCCAGACCCCCCACAUCAUGGACACAGCACGCUCCCAAUACAUCACAGCAAGCUCCCCAUACCGAGUACAUCUGUGUUCUAAGUGUCCGGGGGACACAGCGUACCAUUGUGUAUCGUGUCCAUGUGAUCUGUGUCCCCAGUGUAAAGAGAACCAUGUAAAAGAUCUCAAAACAAUAGACCAUGAUGUUGUGUCACACCGUGAUAAAAUCAGCUACAUCCCAACACAAGAGAUCUGUGUGAGACAUCCUAGCCAUGUUUAUACAAAGUACUGUGAACCCUGUCAAGUUCCUGUGUGUGAUUCUUGUUCCGAGGACCAAUUGCACCGAUUCAGAAGUUUUCUCUAUGGCCAAGGACAUCAUGAAAUACUGGAUAUACAAACAGCCUAUAAAACAAAGCGACAACAACACAGAGGAACCAUUCACACCAUCAGAAGUGAUGCUCUUUUUUACAGACCUGUUCUCCUGACAGGAAUCAAAGCUGAUGUCAAAACCUGUCACACAGAAUUCUCCCCCCUUCAAUCAGUGAUGUUAACAAAGGCCCAGAACCUGAAGGAUCUCAUUGACAAAGUGGUAAAUGAUCUAUUGAACUAUGUGUUUUGUGACUUUGAUUUCAAACACAGAUGUAAAAAACAGAAGAUAAAAAUGAUCAGACAUAUUGGUAGACUAAGGAGAUAUGAACACAGAUAUGUACAGCCAGCAUUCACAUUCAGUGCAAUACAAUUCCUCUCAUUCACAAAGACAGCCCUCCGUAAAGACAUAAAGACAACCCUCCCCCAGAAACAUCUUACACUCCACACCAGUCAGCUCUCCAUGACUGAGUCAAUCAACAAGGAGGAUGUGAUGGAGUCACUGAGUGCAAUCCAAAUCACAGAGAGAGGAAACCGACGCGUAGGAAACCAAUGUCUGCUGAAACUGACGUCUGGUGCUGAGCUCCAUCAAUCUCUCACAGUGACAGAUGUUCAUCGUUGUUUUCACAUUUCCUGUGUGACAUCAGACCGGGUCUGGGUCAGUGAUUGGAAUACCAAAUUCAUAUUGACAGACACAACAGGUGUCCCUCUACAUCGUGUGCAGGAUUCAUGUAUUGAUUAUGAUAGAGGAUUACACACAGUGAACAGUGAGAGUGAACUGAUUUAUAUAGAUUGGGAAUAUAACAUCAACAAACUGUCAAAGGAUAUGAAAACAACCACCACAUUUAUAGAGAGACCAGACUCUUCAUGGGACCCAUGGUGUGUGUACUGGUCCCCGUCCACUGGGGAUCUACUGGUCGGGAUGUUUAACUAUGAUACACACACAGGCAAGGUAACCCGGUACAACCAGAGUGGACAACUCACACAAACCAUACUGUACCACGACACAGGACGGGGGCUGUAUAGUAAACCUCUCUAUAUAACAGAGAACAACAAUGGGGAUGUCGUGGUGUCUGACACUUGGUCUGAUGCUGUAGUGGUGACAGAGCGUGGAGGAAGACAUCGUUUCUCCUACACAGGACAUCCAUCAGGAUCACAACUAGAUCCACGUGGAAUCUGUACUGACGCGCUGUCACACAUCCUGGUGUGUGAUGGUACAACCGAAACAGUACAGAUGUUAGAUAAGGACGGUCGGUUCCUGUCACAUCUACUGACAAAAUCACAAGAGAUGCGUAGACCAUGUAGCCUGAGGUAUGAUGUCAACACUCACCGUCUCUGGGUCGGAUCAUUGUCGGAAAACAAGGUGUGUGUCUACAGGUAUAUCACCAGACAGGACGCUCUGACAGGUAAGUCU